CCCUAUUCUGCGAACUCUGAACAUGUUCAUAGGUGAUAGCUCAUUUGUGUGAAGCCUUUUUUCAUGAAAAUGACCUACACCAAGUUUAUAUCUUUUUUCUCAUAACCUUUUCACAUAUGACGGCUAUGUGCGCAAGAAUUACAACAUUUUGAUUUUUUUGAAUUUUUUAAAAACAUUUGAACUUGAUUUCGACAAAUCACUUCAGAAAAUAAUUUUUCAAAAAAACGCCCAUAUACCGAGUUUAUAUUUUUUUUAUGGUAACUAGGUCUCAUAAACGGACGAACUACGUUUUUUUAUAUUUUUGUGAUUUUUUUUAAUUUAGUUAUGGCCAUUUGAAAUCUGGUCAAACCCUAAUAACCCCGUUGACUGGCUCAUAACCCCGCAGAAAUGCUCCAAACCCUAGCGUCGAACGUCCACCGUCGGAUCCUACCAAGCGCCAAACACCACCCGUCAGAUGUGGGAGCAGGCAUGCGUGAUCCGCGUGACGCUGGUUUUGCAUCCUGAUUGGCUACUGCACUGUCCUUCUCGGGUUUUUACGAUCUGCCCCACUUUACAUAUGAAAUUGUAUUUUUCGCACAUGACCACCACAUGUCAGUGUUAAGAGUUGGUUCAAAUAUUCAAACUGCAAAAUACAAUGUGGCAGAUCGUCAAUAUAGCUUCCCCUUCUCCAUCUGACAGACAAAGGCAUCGAGCAGAUCUCGAGCAGUUCCUCUGUUUCUUUCCACAUCUUUUCGUUCUUCUUCCUCUCGAGCAAUUCCUCUAUUUCUUCCUCUCCGGUGAUAUGUCGACCUCCUCGUCAGCCCCCCGUUCCACGUGGCCGGUGUAUGGUCCAGUGCCGAUGACUCGAUGCACUGACUGCCCACGGACUGCGCCACUGAAGCGGUUGACUUCGAAGGAGGAGAAGAAAGGGAACUUUGGGCGCGAGUUCGUCAAAUGCGAGAGCAAGCCGGAGGGGCAGAUCGUGAAGAAAUGCCACCAUUUCGAGUGGAUGGAUGAUUACAUCCAGAGGCUUCAAGGGUUGGGCUUGCUGGAUUCGAGGGGGAAUGCAAUCCGCGAGUUCAAUCUGCCCCAUGACAGUGCUGCUCCGGCAGCAGCAGCGCGUCCGGAAUACCCAACGGUGGUAGAUGUCGAACUGAAGACGGAAUUGAAGAAGAUGAACAAGAACUUCAAGCAGCUGAUUGAGUUGAAGAAGCAAUCCAAUCUGAUAGCUUUAGGAAUACUUGCUCUAGGAAUUUUUUACUUGAUGGCCAUCUCUCGUUAGAGAUGUUUGUCUACUAUUGUUGCCACUGUUUAGCAAUCCAAGUCUGUUUAUCUCAAAUGCAACUCUGUUUAGUGAAACUGUCGAUCUCUGAAUGUAUGCAGUUUACUGUUAUGUUUCGACACUUUCAUUUUCGGCAAAAGACAACUACCAGUUCAGUGAUAGGAUUAUUUUGUUAGCUAAUAACCUCGAGUGUUGGAUCAUACCCUAGCUCGUCAGAUGACAGUAAGCAGUACUUGAGCAGCACAAGGGAUAUACAUCAAGUUCAUCUCUUCUCUCUCACACUUGCCAAACUUUUGUCCUCGAGUUCGUCAGUUCUGCUAGAAAAAAAACCUAGUUCGCGGGCCCAAAGAGAAUCAAGCUGCAAUAGGCCCACAAAGGAUACAUGAGGCCCAGAAACAAGCGAUGUUUCUUUUUUUUGUUUAGGAACGAUUGCUUUGUUGUUUUUUGUUUCUGAUUGAUUUUUUCAUUAAUUUGAUUGCCCAAUCUCUUCUAUUUCAUUGAGGAAUUUUUUUGGCUUUCCUUUAUGGGUCCCUUCAUUUUUUUGAUUUGAUUUCUCUUCACCGUAUGUGCUUUUGUUUUGCAUGCUCACAACUUGGCUUAGUUUGGCGGUGAAGUAAUUUUAGAAUCAAAGUAUUUGCAAACCGCAGUAUUAUUAUGACUAGCGAACCAAUACUUCAGUAUUGGAAAAAGAGGUCCAACCCUAUUUUUUAUAUACUUCAAAAAUAGUGUAGUUUUCUACAUAUUAAAGUAUAUAAAACUACACUUUUGACUAAAGCCAAACAUCUCAAAGUAUUUGAUACUUCAAUAUUUCUGGAAACCAAAGUAUUCUUGGAAUACCUAAAAAAUACAGAGCUCCCAAACCAAAGCCGUGUACAAUAUGUGCUUAUUUUUAGAAGGCAUCUAUAAAGACAUCAUUUUUAGUUAGUUUGGUUAAUUUUUCCUAGAUCAAUUAGCCGUGUCUAAACUUGGGAUAAACACAAUACAAACAUAAAAAAGCAUUAAUAUAACACACAUAACUUAACUUAGAUAGGGUUGCUAGGGCAACACAAGUUCUUACAUAUAACACGACACCGAUAGAUAAUUAACCUUACAUAGAUAGGGUAGCUAGCUCGGGCAAC